AUGUUAGUAUUAUUAAUUAUUCUUCUAUUUUAUCCUUUCAUUUUUGUCGUGCCAAAUUCAUUACCAUAUGCAGAAUGGGCUCAUUAUCAUAUGAUUUGGUUACAUGAUUCUCAAACAAAUCAACGAGAUAUACAAACUAUGUUCAAUGAUUAUAUUAAUCAUAAUAUUCAAUUUGGUAUUGUUAAUAUAGAUGCAGAUUGGGCAACAGAUCUUAAUACAUUUAUAUUUGACCCAACGAACUUUCCAACAAUACGAAAUAUGCUUGAUGAAUUUCAACAUGGAUAUUUAUUUAAUAAAACAAUUAAAUGGUGGCUUGGACAAGGACGUUUAUUAAAUUAUUUUAAUUUACAAGCUGUUAAUUGGUGGCAUAGUCAAAUUGAACGACUCAUAGAUACAGUUGGACCUAUUCAUGCAUUUAAAGCUGAUGGUACUGAUCCAUAUAUAAUUGAAGUACUUGAUCCUCGUGUAACAUGGGAGCGUUAUCGUACAGCUUAUUAUAAUGAUACAUUUCAAAUUUUACGGCGGCUAGUUGGUCCAGAUGCUUUAAUUAUGUCACGUCCAGUUGAUAGUGAUCUUGAUUAUAGUCCACGUGAUAUUGUGUUCAUGGGUUGGGUCGGCGAUGAAGAUGGUACAUAUAAUGGAUUAAAAACAGCUCUUCGUUAUAUGCUUGAAAGUGGUCGUCGUGGUUAUGUUGGUUUUGGUUCGGAUAUAGGUGGUUAUCGAACUGAUCCUAAAGCUGGUACAUUAGGUCGUACAAAAGAAUUAUUUCUUCGUUGGACAGCUAUUGGUGCAUUAAGCUCAUUUAUGGAAAACGGUGGUGGUGGUGAACAUUUACCGUGGAAUUUUGACAAUGAAACAACUGAUAUUUAUCGAUCAUGGGUUAAUUUACAUUAUAAACUUGUACCUUAUCUUUUUAGUGAAGGUACCAAAGUAGCGCUUGGACGAAAUGGUACAUUAAUGCGACCAUGUGAUGAUAUUGAAGCAUUAUUUAGUCAUUCAUNUUGA